AUGUCGCUCGUAUCGCCUCUUGGAAUCCUUUGGUUGAGCUCAAUCAUCAUUUCGAGCUCAGAGGGAUUGUGUUGCUUUCAGUGGACUCGGUUCGAUCGCGAGCAGAGUGCUGUUUGUCAGCGCUCUUGUCUUCGGAUACGGGGAGGAAAUGAUGGCGGAGAUGAGAAGAACGCUUCUGUUCAAGAGGAAGACCCACACAUGUUGAAUGUCUGGGACAUAGCCAUUGACGCUGCAGAUAAGAAUGGCAAAAAAUUAAGAGACCAAUUCGCAAAAGCCGUUAUGCAGGGGAGCUCCAACAUUCUUGAGCAUCUGACAAAGCAGGACGAAGGGACCGAGGGAGUGCAAUCAGAAAUCGAGGGAGAACAACGAGAGAGGAAAAAUGAAGAGAUCGGAGAUGUACAACAAGAUAUCAAAGUUGUACAAGGAAAGAUCGAAGGUGUACAAGGAAAGAUCGAAGGUGUACAACAAGAGAUCACAGAUGUGUUGAGAAGGAUGCAAGAUCAAAAUGACCAAAUGCUGAAGGAGGUCCACAUGCAGCUUGUGCAGCAGCUUGUAGCGUACCAGCAGCAGCUUGUAGAGGACAAGAAGCAGCUUGUAGAGGACAAGAAGCAGCUUGUAGCGUACCAGCAGCACCUUAUAGACAGGGAGAAGCUGCUUUUAGACAAGGAUAAGCUGGUUGAGGGGCUUAUUCCACAUCCUGUGCAACUUAGAGACAGUAUGUCAAGACCUGAAGGUGAAACAGAAUUGAAUGUGGCUAUCAUGGGUACUAACAGGACUUAUGCUAGUUGGCAUGCUAAGUUUCUUGAAAGAGCUCUGGACUACCGCAUGCGCAGGAAAGGUUUUACGGGCUAA